AUGUCCAAUUCGACAAGAAUACGACAAUUCAUCACUCAAGCACAGCCAUACAUACAACAGCAUGGCUUCACUCUACGUUCCAUUCGCGCUGCAAUCACUUCGGGAAAGAUUACGAUUGACAAUGAAGAGGAGCUUGCUGUUUUGUUCCCCAAUCAGAUCGAGAUCUCUAAGCAGCUUCUCACACAAUUUGAUAAGGAAGGUUUAAAAGUGGCUUCUUCUUCACUUCUUCCUUCAGAGUCAUCACAUCCGGAUAGUGAGGAAAGGAAUGCAGGAGACAGACGAGCGAUAGAACAGGUGGAAUUGCUAUUGGCAGGAAAGCUAUUACACAGCGUACCUUUUCGAGAGCAUAUAGUCGAUGCAUUAGCAGUACUCACAGCCGCAAAAGAUCGACAAGCAUUCUCUUCUAUACCGACGCCACUUCCCAUCAUGCAAAGAGCAUGGCAGGUAACAGAUGAAGCGAUUCAUAUGGCAAAAUGGAAAGGAAGGCUUGGAACGGAUUGGUAUACCCAUCGAACACGAUUAACAAAUGCUUUCUUGAUGGCAGAAUUACACCUUCUCAGUCCAGAUUUUCAAGGUGAUGCACAUCAAUCCGUUCAUGUUUUACGUAGACUUGCAAGACCGCAUUCUGUCUUUGGUACACAAAUGAUCGAAAGUGCAUCACAAUGGGUCAAUUGGGGUUCAAGAGGAUGGCUUGGAAUAUUUCGAAGUGUUGGAUUGUAG